UGGAUGAGAUGCAAGCGAAGGAGUUAAUUUCGAUCGAAAAGAUAUGUUGUUCAAGGGAUUUACAGACUUGAACAAAUAUACGCCCGAAGAUCAGAAAAAUCAACGCCUUGAUCACGCCUUAGUUUUUCUUUUUCAACCGUUUCGCGGCAAAUGGAUUCAGACAAUGGGAUCAUUCUUGAGUAAAGGAUGUGCCAACAGCAGAGUUCUGAAUAAAUUAAUAUUAGAGUGCGUUAUUUUGAUGGAAAAUGCAGAUUUUUAUGUCGAUGUCGUGACUACAAACGGAGCCUCAUGGAAUCGUUCCAUGUGGAAAUUGUUCGGUAUCGAAGGAUAAAAUAGUUGUUGCAGGCAUCCUUACUCAGUCGAUGUCGAUUCACCAUUACGAAAGUUAUGGUUUUGCUCCGACUUUUCGCAUUUGAUUAAGCUUUUAAGAAACCUCAUUAUGUCUAUAGCUGCGAUAUAGGUAAUUUCCAAUUUUAUUAUUUUCAUAAUAAGGUUACUAUUCUCAUCGCUUUUGAAAUAAUUUAGACGACUGUUAUUUUUAGACUCCUGACGGUAUUGUGAGAAAGAGACAUUUUGAGGUAGUUUUAGAUCUUGAUGGAGGAAAAAAAAGUUUCGGAUUUAAAAAUGCCCACAAAUUGACCCACCAUCACCUCAAUCCAAAGUUUUAUCAAAAAAUGAACGUUGCUAUGGCUUUUCAGGUAUUCUCACUGGAAGUUGCUACCGUAAUAGAUCUAUAUAAAGAAAAAGAUGAAAGACUGAAAGAUUCCGGGCCGACCAUAGCGUUUAUCAAACGGAUUAACAAAGUCAUUGUGGCAAUGACCUCUCGCAGUCCUAUUGAAGCAUUAAAACCGGAUAGCGAAAGUUCUAAGACUAUAAGUGACUUUCAGGAGUAUUUGGAGGAAUGGCACGACAAAGCUUUGGAAAAUGAUUGGAAGUUCUUGUCCCCUGGGACAUAUCAGGGAUUUCAAUUGACUUUGAAAAGCACAAUUGGAGUCACGACGUAUUUGACAGAAAAUUGUGGAUACGAAUAUCUGAUGACUUUACGUCUGAAUCAAGAUGCUCUAGAGAGUAUGUUCGGUAUGUACCGCGAUGCCAGUGGGUCAAGUGGUCACUCGGAUCCUCUGCUGUUCAUUCAAAUAUACAGAUUGAUGAGCUUUUAUUCACUCGUUAAACCACCGAAAGGAUCGAACGUCGAAGGAAGUGAGAUGUUUGACACACUGCUUGAUUCCAAGGAUGUUGAUUUGAAAGCAAAAACAAAUUAAUUAGAAUGGAGAAACACUUUGGAAAAAAUCAUCAAACAAGGAGAAAGUCACUCCAGAGAAUAUGAUUUAAGAGAUGCUCACGAUUAUAAUGUACAGAGCGCAAAUGAGUACGCCCAAGCAUACUUCUCUGGGUUUGUUGCUCACAAACUAAAAGAUUGGACGUCUUUCUCAGAGUGUCUUUCGUCGGCGUGUAAGAGUGAAGGGGAUUGUGAGAAAGACAGGAGAAUAAAGUUACUCACCAACGGGUACUUAAAGUUCCCGUCGGACACUUUAUUCAAUCUCUUGAUCGCUAUUGAAAGAGCAAUCCUCAAAACAAUUGGUGGCGAAGAGCUGAAUUGCUAUUCUUUCCAGCACAUAGCAGAGAAUAUCCUCGCCGAGAGUUUCCCGUUCGUCGGAUGUGAAGAACAUAAGGGAGCGUUGACAAAAAGGGUGAUUCACUAUUAUACAUUAAGCAGAGCACACAUUCUCAGCAAAACU